CCUCUCUCUCCUUCCCUUCAAAUCAGCCGGCAGCCACCUUCUUCCUCUUUCUCCAAUCACCACCACCACCGGCGUCAUCGACCAUCACCUCCAUCUUCGACUUCUCCAUCUUUCUCCGGUAUCUUCAUCUCCGAUCAUCACAGAACAAAAAAAAAAAAAAAAAAAGAAAAAAAGAAAAAUGAAAUGAUUUCAGAUGUGGAAGUUUGGGUUGCCGACAGCUGCGCAAAAGGGACAAAACACAAAAAUUCUUCCUCUUCCUUAACCAUUCCCGUGGCCCAGCACCCACCAUGCCGGCGAGUGAAUAGCAGAACAGGAGCAAUUGAAGCCGAAUCUGUCGAUUGGGAAUGUUGGUGACUGUUACACGCGAUGGUGACAAGACAACGGUCAGAAAAUUGCAACUCAGCAGCUUGUACUUGAACUGGCCGGAGGUCUUUCUGCAAUCGAAAAGCAAUCCAUUGGCUUGUAAAAAGACCAGGCCACUUCUCUUGCAAAAUUGGCCCAAAAACCCUCACCACCGGGCCUUCCGCAGCAGAUGUGAAUUGGAUUGGGUGAGGUUUAGGUCCAUUUUGGUUUAGAGUUUGGGUUUGGUGUUGAGUAGAAGAUAGGGGUUUUUUUUUUAGGAGUAUAAAUAGGGGUUUUAGGAGCAGAAUGAAAGGUCUUUUUUGGUUUUGAGAUAGGUAUUGAGAACGGCGGCAGAAAGAAAAGGAGUUCUGUUGGAGAGAGGCGGUGGUUUGGGAGGAGAUUUGGGUUUAUCUUUGUAGGUAAUUUUCUGAACAGAGGAGUUUUUUGGGAAUGGUGGUGAAGGGGACGAUGGGAGCCUGAUCCCGUGGGUGGGAUCCCUCCCAUCAGAUCUGGAUCUAUCUUCUUAAAAAAACUUUGCCGUGGGUGUCUCUUUUAUUUUGUUGAUUUUCUCUGUAUUUUCUUAGAUUCAAUGUUUAAGUUUGUAUACAUUUACUGGAAAAUGAAUGAGAAUCAAAAGUUGUUCAGUUU